AUGCUUCUGCAACUGCCGCCGUCGCUACACUACCCCAUCACCGUGACAUCGCUGCUCAAGCGACCGGGCGAUACGGUUGAGCGGGGAGAUUAUCUCUUUUGGUAUGUCUACAAGACCACUGUGAUCGAGGGCGAUGGACUCGGCAAUGACGUUCAGGUCGAGCGCGAGUUCCCUAUCAAGUUUGAGUCGAGUGUCGAUGGGGAGGUGGUCGCGUGGAAGGUUUCCAAGGGAGAUGUCAUCGAUGAGCCGGUAAAUGUGCUCGAAAUCGAUGAGCCAUGCGCUCACGAGGUACAGUUUGGGGGAAUGUGCGCAGAAUGUGGCAAAGAUAUGACUGCCGCAACCUACAAUACAGAUGUUAUGGACUCGAUGCGUGCGCCGAUUCAGAUGACUCACGACAACACCGCGUUGACAGUCAGUCAGAGGGAAGCAACACGGGUGGAGGAGGAUGCGAAACGUCGGCUCCUGGCUUCGAGGCGCUUAUCGCUGGUGGUCGAUCUCGACCAGACCAUCAUUCACGCCACCGUGGACCCGACAGUUGGGGAAUGGAAAGAAGACCAAGACAAUCCAAACCACGACGCCGUCAAAGACGUCCGCGCUUUCCAGCUGACCGACGAUGGCCCCGGCAUGCGAGGGUGCUGGUAUUACAUCAAGCUUCGCCCGGGGCUGGAGAGCUUUCUACAGAAUAUUGCCGAAAUAUACGAACUGCACAUAUACACCAUGGGAACGAGAGCAUAUGCACAAAACAUUGCGAAUAUCAUCGACCCUGAACGAAAACUUUUUGGCGACCGAAUCCUCAGCCGCGAUGAGAGCGGCAGUCUUACAGCCAAAAACCUGCAGCGUCUCUUCCCCGUCGACACCAAGAUGGUUGUGAUUAUUGAUGACCGAGGCGACGUUUGGAAAUGGAACCCCAAUCUGAUCAAAGUGUCACCGUACGACUUUUUUGUUGGCAUUGGAGACAUCAACUCGAGCUUCUUACCAAAAAAGCAAGAUAUGACGCCAGGAAAAGGCCCCGCCGCAUUAAAAGCAAAACGCGAAAAGCCCGCGCCGGUCGCAACAGCAGAACAUCAUGUCAAUGGAUCAACGCAGGCCAAGGACAGUGAGGUGUCGGCGCUCGAACAGCUCGUGACCAUGGGCGGCGGGGAUAACCCAAUGAUGCUCCAGGAGCAAACGACGCUACAGGAGGAAACGAUUAUGCACCAGGUCGAAGACCGGCCUCUUCUCCAAAAGCAAAAGGAACUCGACGCGGAAGAGGACGCUUCUUCAGAUUCGCAAGCAGGCGCCGAAAGCGAGUCGUCAAUGUCGAGUAUGGAGGACUCUCAAGAGUCAAAUCGCCCGAAACAUCAUCUGCUCGAGGACCGCGACACAGAACUGUUCCACCUUCAAGAUAGGCUAGAACGGGUGCAUCAGGAAUUCUUUGAAGAGUAUGACCGGCGGCGCAACAAGGCUGUUGGAGGGAGGGUCUCUGUUCUCAGGGGCGACCGAAUAUCUCGGGACCGAGAUGUUGAUUUGAGGGUACUUCCCGAUAUCAAAAGCGUCAUGCCACAGAUCAAACGCAAGGUGCUGGGAGGCGUUGUCGUGGUGUUUUCCGGCGUGCUCCCGAUCAACACGGACCUGCAAAACGCCGACAUUUCUCUAUGGUCCAAGAGUUUUGGAGUAGCCAUUUCGUCGCGUAUCGGGUCGAGGACCACGCACUUGGUGGCUGGACGGAACCGCACGGCCAAGGUCCGUGAGGCUACACGAUAUCCCAAGGUCAAAAUCGUCACUACCCAGUGGCUUGUGGACAGCCUAGUCCAGUGGAAACGGCUAGACGAGGAGCCGUAUCUAGUUCCAGUGCAUCCAGAGGACCGCGGAGAUCCUAUUCUGGGUAGCUCUCCGGGCUCAAAGAUUGAUGAUUCGUGGCUGUCUUCGUCGGAGGAUGGUGGGAUGACAUUUACAGAUGACGAGGACAUGCUCAAAUCGUCCGAAUACUCAGCAAUCGGCUACGAUGUCGACGAGCAGGCUGCCGUGCACGACGAGCUCCGAGAGUUUCUGGGCAGCGACGACGACGAGAGCGAAUCCGACGCCGACACCACCACUAGCGAAGCCGAAUCUGUAGCCGUCGAGUCCAGAAAACGGAAACGAGGCAGCACUGACUCUGAAGAUGAUGAAACGGUAUCAUCAUCUUUAGCCCACCGCAUCAAGACCAACCGCCCGAGCACGCUGAAACAGGCUGUUGGUCAAGACGACGACGACGACAAUGAAGAAGAGGCAGCAGCAGACUUGGCUGCGAGUCAAGACGCCGAGCAGCAGGCUACUGUGGAAAACCCAGAUGACGAUGAGGACGAGCUGGAGCGCGAAAUGCUGGCUGCGUUUGAGGGGGACUACGAUGAGUAG